AGAAAUAAAUAAAAUUAAAACCGCAGCGCGAGGGAGGGAACGAGCACGAGCGCGCAGGUAUUGCGGAAAUGCCACUCCCGGCGUUCCUGGCGGCGGCGGCGAAGCUCGCCGUCCUGGUGGUGGCCGCCGCGACGGCGGCCAACGCGGCGUCCUUCGCGCGGUACCGGCGCCGCCACCUCCGCCGCAUCCCCAAUCCCAUCGACGAGGCCGCCGACCCCGUCGCCGACUUCCGGGCGCUCCCCUCCGCCGGAACCGGCGCCGACGACGCCUCAGAUGAUGGCGGUUUCUUCUUUGGGCUAGCAACCGCUCCUGCGCAUGUUGAGGACAGGCUGGAGGAUGCUUGGCUUCAGUUUGCAACCGAGCAUUCCUGCGAUGAAAAGGAGGCCGUGCGCGACCAUAAGACUGCGGAUGCGGUGAUGGCGUCGGCUGCCGGUGAUGGAGGCGCUCAGUUGGCUUCCAGGUCAAGGAAGGAGGAAAAGGCUGGUGAAGGAGAGAAGAGGAAGCCUCUUAAGGUUGCCAUGGAGGCUAUGCUCAGGGGAUUCGAAAUGUUUUCUGAGGGUGGGGAAUCUGACUCUGGUGAUAACUGCAGCCACAACGUCGCAGCUUGGCACAAUGUUCCAUGCCCGCAAGAAAGGCUUAAAUUUUGGUCUGAUCCUGAUACUGAGUUGAAGCUUGCUAAGGAAACUGGCAUCAGUGUUUUCCGCAUGGGGAUUGAUUGGACAAGGGUGAUGCCUAAGGAACCAACUGAUGCAGAGUUCAAGAGCUCAGUCAAUUUUGCAGCACUUGAGCGGUAUAGAUGGAUCAUUCAAAGGGUUCAUGAAUAUGGAAUGAAAGUGAUGCUUACACUAUUUCAUCACUCGCUUCCACCUUGGGCUGGAGAAUAUGGGGGAUGGAAGAUGGAAAAGACUGUUAAGUACUUCAUGGAUUUUGUGAGGCUUGUUGUUGAUCGUGUAUCAGAUUUAGUGGACUACUGGGUGGUUUUCAACGAGCCUCAUGUAUUUGUAAUGCUGACCUAUUGUGCGGGUGCUUGGCCUGGUGGAGACCCGAAUGCAAUUGAAGUGGCAACAUCUGCUUUGCCAACUGGUGUGUACAAUCAAGCAUUGCAUUGGAUGGCUAUUGCACAUGCAGAAGCCUAUGACUACAUACAUUUGAAAAGCAAAAAUGGAAGGAAGCCAAUCGUUGGUGUCGCUCAUCAUGUAUCAUUUACACGGCCGUAUGGACUAUUCGAUGUUGCGGCUGUCACUGUAGCUAAUACAUUGACCCUUUUCCCUUACAUUGAUAGCAUCUGUGAUAAACUGGACUUUAUUGGAAUCAACUACUAUGGGCAGGAGGUUAUAUCAGGUCCUGGUCUAAAGCUUGUGGACAAUGAUGAGUACAGUGAAUCUGGUCGUGGCGUUUAUCCUGAUGGGCUAUUCUGUAUCCUGAUUCAGUUUAAUGAACGAUACAAGAGCUUAAAUAUUCCUUUUCUGAUCACUGAAAAUGGAGUUUCUGACGAGACUGAUCUGAUUCGUAAACCAUACAUUCUGGAGCACCUGUUAGCCAUCUAUGCUGCAAUCAUUAUGGGUGUGCGUGUGCUUGGUUAUCUAUUCUGGACAACAUCAGAUAAUUGGGAAUGGGCAGAUGGCUAUGGUCCCAAGUUUGGGCUUGUUGCUGUUGAUCGUGCUAACAACCUAGCACGGGAACCUCGGCCUUCAUACUAUUUAUUCUCCAAGGUUGUUACAACUGGGAAAAUAACAAGACAGGACAGAUUGUGUGCUUGGAGGGAACUGCAACAAGCUGCAUUUCAAAAGAAAACACGCCCGUUUUUUAGAGCAGUAGACAAACAUGGUCGGAUGUAUGCAGGUGGUCUAGAUCGGCCUAUUCAGAGACCUUUCAUAUUAAGGGAUUGGAGAUUUGGUCAUUAUGAAAUGGAAGGCUUGCAAGAUCCUUUUAGUCGCUUUAUAAGAUUUAUUAUUUCACCAAUUUCACAAAAAAAGAAGAUUCAUUACAUUGAGGAUGAUGAUGUUUCUUAUUCUAUUUCCGGAUGAUGCCUGUUACUCUAGUUGGUUAGUAAGAUAACUUGUCCUCUAGAUGAAGUGAAGUAAAUAAAAAGGUCUUGGCAUCAGAAGUUUCUCUUUUUGGAGGAACCACCAAGUGUACUCUUUAUCAUGGCAGUAAGUAUCUUUUAUAUAGCUUACCCUUUCUGUUUUGUUAUUUCCUUGGGAAUUCAUUCGUAGGUUAAAUUCUUGUUUUGGUGAAGUUGUGGCUGAUAUAGGGUCAUGCGGACCGAUAUUGUACUAGUUUUUUGUUUUACCAACCCAAAAUAUCUUUUCGGAUCUACCUUCUGCUAGCUCUUUAUGUCCUGCACUUCCGAAUUAAAGAUGCUUCUAGGAAAAAUGUCUGAGUGAUCAUAUGGGUAACUAGACAUCAUUAUCACCACCUUUGUAAAUACACACAUUGAAGUCAUGUGAGUUAAUGGCUGCUAUUUCUGGAGACUUACCACCUUUUAGGAGUUUCAGAACUAACCGUGGCACACCAGUUAUCCAAGUUCUCCCCUGUGGAAGUAUCCGUCAUUCACGAGCAGUUAUCUUCCAUCAUUUAGAAUUUUUACCUCAUAUAUCAUGUCCAUACUUUCCAUAAAGAAAUGAAUUUUCGUCAUGAAGUUCGGAAGCUUUCUACAACUUAUAUAACCUUGCCAUGGACUAAACAGGUUCAGUUACCACAUAAUUAUGUGAAGGUUUAAAGCUUGUCAGCAGAAGGUACAAUGAUAGGCAUGUCCAUCUCAUUUACCGAAGUUGACACAUGUAGCCAUCCAGGGGCUAUUUAGUUGAAUAAUUGUGUUCGUCCCUGCCAGAGUGGGUGUAGGACCGGAGAUGGAGCAGGUUUCAUAGUACAUUGACAUGCAUAAGUAGAUAUGCCUAACUCCAUUGGCCAGUUUUAUGUAUUCGGUGCGUUCAAUGCAGAUCUAUGCUCCUGCACGAGCUCAUGGUUUCAUGUUCUCCUAUGCUCCUGCACGAGCUCAUGGUUUCAUGUUCUCCUCUUGUCCUAUAAUCUUACUGUAGCAGUGCUGGUCCUAACCUUACAUUCGGGAACCUUUUCUAAGGCCGUGUAUAAGCUUUUAUAGAACUAGUCCACUAACUUAUCUUGGUAUGCCACUUACAUUGUACAAAAAAUUAAAUUUGGUAUGUCCAUAUCCUGAUGUCUAGUGAGCAAGGGUGGAUCAUGCAUUUUUCUGUAAGUACACCUCCUUUUCAAGAUGAAAUGGACAUGCUAAUCAUUGAUGUCUUGGUGAUAAACACUCAAGUAACAAGUCAUAGCAAUAACAUAUAUUUACAUUGUCUUGGCAUCAAGGUUGUUAUGUUCUUGAUUUUUAUGGUACGAUCUUAUAGCCCUACAUCUUAUUGGACCACUUUGAUCCCAACCCUAGUUCCAUCUUACUACAUCCUACCACAAAAGCAUAUUAUUUUGAACAUGGACCUAAAAUACUACAUCGACAACUGGCUUAUAUUUUAAUAUAUCUAUAGAGGCCGAGAGAUUAUACUCUUAAGAAUAAUGACUUCUGUGAUCCUCUCAUGGUCCAAUGGUACAAUUCUAGGAUCCUGAUCUUAUCAACAGGAGUGCAGUCCCUAUCAUCUUCCACUCGUAAAAGAGCAAAUAAAUGGUUGCCUGAGUAUAAUUACAAGUCUUGCAAAUAUUGUUCCUAUUUCAUGACCUAGACUUCUUGUUCCUUCUUAUUCAUGUGCUUUGUCAUGUGUUUUCUCUGAAACAAAAAGGGAAAAGAGAAAAGACAUAGCACUUCAUACUACUGUGUUAUCUGAAAAUAAGAGAGAAAAGAUAAAUAAAAAGGCAUUCUGUAAUACUAUUUUCUCUCGAACAAUAUUAGUAAUAUUUUUCUAGAACAAUAAUAUUAGCAAUAUAUGGCUGUAUAAUGCAUGAAAAAGGCAUCCUGUGGUGGCAUUUUCUCAGAAACUAGAAAAAAACAAAGCAUCUCAUAGAAGCACACAAAAAGGGCGGCCUGGUGCAAGUGGUAGUGCUUGCCGCCUGUGAACCGAGAGGUCACAGGUUCGAGCGGUGGCCUCUACACAUUGCACGGUGUGUGGGAAAGACCUCCCGCUAAUAACCUCCCCCAGACCCCGCACAGUGCGGGAGCCUACGGCACUGGGUACGUCCUUUUCCUCAUAGAAGCACACAGCAUGCUUCAUAUUGGUAAUAAAGAUCUAUGUAGUACAUGAAAGGUAGUUGGGUGGUUGCCUUACAAGACAAUACACACCAGGGCAUUCAUACAACAGCAGUAUAUAUGAAGAACCUUAGGUUGUCACCUUCGAAGUACAUAAGCAGACAUUAAAGCACUGUUUCAAUCAUUAUUUAGAUAUGUUGGGCUAAUAGUUGACAAUGACCACGAAGCCGUAUCUUAGUGGAUGCAGAAGGGUCAGUUGUUUUUAACAACUUGUGGAGCUCUCUCCAUUAGGACCACUGGUUUUGGUGCAGCACAGUUCAUCUUCUGAUUCUCCUUCUCUGGGAUAUGGAAAGCUGAUGCAGGGAAGGUCUUGGUAAUCCCAGCAAUGCUCUUGCAGAUAAGUUUCCCAGUUGCCGGUUGAUCAAGGGCAAUCUCCUCCACUGGGACCCACACCAUGAGCUCCCUGGUCUUUAUCCCUUUUACCUUCUUGAUCCUGCCUUUCUCUGCAUAGCCAGUGAUCUCUGUGCCAUAAGAGACCAGCCUUCCUAAACUCUGGAAGACGUGGUCAACCCUCUUCUUUUGCUUGAGCCAUACAUAUCCAGUUUCCUGGACAUAACCACACUCAAUUAGGUCCUUCAAUGGAAGCAGACCAUUGGGGAGGCCUGCUUCCUUGAGCAAGAGCUGGGUACACUGUUGGCAGAUGUCAUCACCAUAGUAGACCUCAGCCUUGGCCUUGAGUUCAUCGGCUGUAAGAGCCAUUGUCUAUGGACAAUCUUUUUCUCUCUCUCACUAGCUUCUUCUUUUUUCUUCUUUUCUCUGAAGCAGUUUUGGGUAGCUUUGUAUGGUUUUGCAAUGCAUGGCUGCCUUUAUAUAGGAAAUGCCUUGUCAAACUGUGCCUCAUCAUGUAAGGAAUUUUCCAUCUUGCCAUUGUGUAUUAAGGACAUUACAACAUAUAAUGGUCAUAAAACCUGUAGGGUCCUCUUCUCGGGGUUAAUUUUGCAGCAGUGCUAAAUAUCUUGUGUAGAGUAUAAGAUGGCCCCAUUGAAUUGAUGUCAUGUGACCGGUUGGGACUUGGAGUCUUUCCAGUUUCCACUGGUUAUGGGUAGUUCAUACUGCUUUUUACUUUGAAAAAAAACUAGACCUGCCGGGGGAGACCGCCCCCACGGCAUUACACUAAGAAGAAGACCUUCUCACGCAAGUCUAGAAAAUCCCCGAACCCCUGCCCCACCCAUACAUAGUGGUGAAGUAAUUUAGUUGAACAUACAAUUGUUCAAUUCAAUAACCUUCUGGGAAACUUUCAAGUUACCUAGCAUGUUCUGGGAAACUUACAAGUUACCAGGCAUGUACUGAGUUUGUCUGGUACAUAUUUAUCCUGGCACCUGGGACCCUUCUGCAUCAACUGUGAGCCUGUAAGCUUCCAACCAACUAAAACUGUUGCAGUUCUUCCACUACUGCCCAACACCUGAGUACCUGACAUACUUGCCAUACUCAGUGCCUGGGACUGCACAUGGAGCUUAUUCAAUGUCGUAGCAUGUAAGCUAGAGACGUGACCUUCAUCUUCUUCUUAGAUAUCUGGUCAAUCUGCAGAAGGCGCAUUCAGUUUUCUAACCUAACGUUUCCACAAAAGACAGUUUUCAGCAGUGGCCCAAUUGAUUUGGUCCAGAUAUGAAGCUUCAUUGCUUUAUUUUUUCCUACUAUUUUGUCUCUAGGUUAAGUAAGUCGGUGCAAUAUAAUUAUUGGUCAUUUUGAUACGAACAGUUUAAAUAACUGUCAAUCUUGGUUUACUCUGUCCAUCACGUCUCACAUUGGUACAAUGGACUGGCCCCCCCUAUCUACUCGCUUUAUUGUCGUCAUGGUCCUGCAUGUGCCGAGUUUCUUCCUUCAGUAACACGGUAUUGGAGGUCCUGAUCUGAUUCAUGAAUCUGGAGGUACAAGGUAUGAAUCGUUGCAUUAUGAAACUGUGUAGAGGAUGGGCACAGGAUUUAUGGACCCACUUUGCAUUUCGCCAAGUAGAGGUCCAAGUGUUGAAUCAGACGGCCAAGAACAUGUCGGUAUCGGUAACGGACAUUGCUCAAGCUGUGCCUGAGCUUGUAGUCAGUGUACUCAAGAGCGGUGCAUAUAUGGUAGGAGGAUAGAAAAAGGGCAGGGCUUACAUGAAGGGGUUGGGGGGUGGGGGUACAUGCAUGUGCUUAGUUAAUGCCUUAAUGGUGAUGCCAUCUUCCCUCCUAUCAACCCUCCCCAUACAGCCUCCACCUCUUAUUUAUGCAACUAUACAAGUAGAUGGACUGGUGAUAAGGUAAUGAAUCACAUAAUAGGUUCAUAUGACAAUGUACGAAUAUAUAUAUGUCUACCAGAAUGAAUUCAGGUACUUUCACGGUUACAAAACUUACACCACAUGUACUGGUACCUAGGAGAACAUGACCCAUUGGCAUAUUUACAGUUACAAGUGGUUGCCUUGCGUAUUUUAUAGAUGUAGACUGGUUCACUUGUCACUGAAAUUGAAGAAAUAAUCUAAUAAUGGAUGUCAGUAAAUGCCCCUUGCAGAUAGUUAAUGUUGGUGAGAAUGUUGGGGUAAGAACAUAAUACUCCCUCCAUAUUGUAAAGGAGUCGUUUUGAGUCUGUCUUAAGUCAAACAUUUUAAACUUUAACUAUAAAUAAAUUCUUUUAGAUUGAGUUUGAAAAUAUAAAAGCGAUGUAAGUAGAUUCAUCUUGAAAUGUAGUUUCAUAAAAGCAUAUAUUGACUAUAUUUUAUAUAUUUUUUAUGGCAAUAAGAUAGUGGUCAAAGUUGUUUCUGGAGACCGUGUCGAUGUCCGAAACGACUUUCUUUACAAUACGGAGGGAGUAUAGCAUAAUGACUUCUUCCCCAAAAGACAGUAGCGUAACAACAGUCAGUUUAUACGGAAUGCACUGGAGUAAUGCCUUUGUCAGUUGCAUGAAUUCUGAUCAAUCGUUCUGAGAAAUUCGAAGUCCACUUAAGGAAUUCUUUGGUAAAUUAUAUUUAUGGGGUUUAUGCCACGGAAAUCUUAAGGACCCAUGGAUCUCAGAGCAGCCAAGGACUGGGCACCAGAAUACUGUGGGUUUGUCCGUGGUUCAUAAUCAUAUUUGUUCAUUCAUCCUGUCAAAAUCACAUACCUGAUCAUUUCCGAGCCUGCGAAUCUUGAGAAAACCACACUUCUUCCAACAAAGCAACAUCAUACGACUUCGGCACUGGGCACAUCUGAAGCCGGUGAUAGGUAUCAUGAUACUGCUGGGCGGCACAGCGAUCCUAUUAAUUCCUUGCUUGGAUUACAGCUAUCUAUGGCGACGCAAGAUUAUUGUUAGCUUGGCAUAUAUGAUUAAUGCAAGCAAUCGGAUAUCAGGCAGGCAGGCAGCAUGGGAAGAUCAGAACGCAUCAUCAGCCUUGAGCCCCAUGAUGGAUGCUUAUCGUGGCAUGUUUGCAGUUCUUGACCCAAGCAGAUGUGACCAUUCUCAAUGGCUAUCCAUGGAUAUCAUCCCCUUGUGUUGUGUGGGAUAGGACGAAGGCAUGGACUUGGGUGGAGAUGGAGUUAGUGCAGCUGCAAGCUUAACUGAAGCCAUCUCCUAAGUUGGUGCCAUGUCUUUUCCAUAGUCUGGGCAUAGAAAAACUGCAUUGUGUGUCGCCGCCUCAUGUAGUCAUGUAUUGCGAGGAAAAAGACAUGAUGAUCCUGUAUUUGUGAGCGUAAUACAGUGUGUGCCCUAUAUGUUGUCAGUAGAAUAAUAGAACUGACAGAGUGACAGUGUACAUGUGUGGGGCUGCUCUAUCGAACAAUUUGGCUGGGCGGGCUCAUGUUCUGGGCCACUUUCGUCU